UUGCGUUUUCUCAGUGGAAAAGAUGGCCAGUUGACCUGUUCUUCGAGUCUUUCUACACAAGAUCGAGCACGCCACGCUAUAUACAGAUGGAGAGAACUACCAAGACACCUUGACACUGUGCACCAGCGCCGGGGGCGGGCGAUGGCCGAGAUCACGCCGGCAACCGCCUGUGCUCUCCUCCUCGUCCUCUGUGUUUGCUGCCACCUGCCUCCUCCCGCCGCUUCCCUCUUCUUCAACUACUCCACUUUCAGCUCUCAAGAUCAGAAGGACUUCAGGAUCGAAGGGGACGCCUCCUUCAGCGUCGGGCGGAUCGACGUCAGCGCCAACAGGAUCGACGGCAUCGGCAACAGCGCGGGCCGGGUGUCCUACAACGCCCAGCCGAUGCUGCUCUGGGACAAGGCCACGGGCGAGGUGGCGAGCUUCACCACGCGUUUCUCCUUCGCCAUCGGCAUCCCCAACAUCAACAACAAGGGGAAAGGCAUGGCCUUCUUCCUCGCCGGCUACCCGUCGCUCCUGCCGUACGAUUCCUACGGCUUCGACCUCGGCCUCACCAACCAGAGCACCGACGCCACGGCGACAGGGGACAGCCGGUUCGUCGCCGUCGAGUUCGACACCUUCAACGACACCCAGGUAUCCGAUCCCGACGCCACCUAUGACCACCUCGGCAUCGACGUCAACUCCGUCCGAUCCGUGGUAACCAAGUCCCUGCCGAGCUUCAGCCUCAUGGGGAACAUGACCGCUCUCAUACAGUACGACAACGUUUCCAGCCUUCUGUCCCUGACGCUGUGGCUCGGCGAUGGCCGAGGCCGGAAUUACAGCCUUAGCUCCAAGGUAGACCUCAAGAGCGCAUUGCCGGAGCAGGUCGCCGUCGGCUUCUCCGCCGGGACGUCCUCGUCCGUGGAGCUACAUCAGCUAAGUUCAUGGUACUUCAGCUCGUCCUUGGAACCGAAGGCGGUCACCGUCGCCCCACCCUCCCCUAGGCCUGGCAGUGGCAGUGGCAGCCACAGUUCAGGAGUUAUAGCGGGAGCGAGCGCCGGCGCGACACUGUUCCUGGUGCUCGUCAUCGUCACCGCAGUAAUCUUGAUACGUCGUCGUGGGAACAAGAAGAAGAAGCGAGAGGUCGAGGAGGAUGACAUGGGCUCGGAGGACGAGGACGGCGAUCCGGCGGUGGAGAUUGAGAUGGGGAGCACGGGACCGAGGCGAUUUCCGUACCAGGAGCUGGUGGAUGCGACGAGGAACUUCGCGGCAGAUGAGAAGCUCGGGCAAGGCGGCUUUGGCGCGGUGUACCGAGGCAACCUCAAAGAGCCUGGCCUCGCCGUGGCUAUAAAGCGGUUCUCCAAGGAUUCGUCGAUGCAGGGGAAGAGGGAGUACACGUCAGAGAUCAACGUGAUAAGCAAGCUGCGGCACCGGAACCUGGUGCAGCUCGUCGGGUGGUGCCACGGCCGCAACGAGCUCCUGCUCGUCUACGAGCUCAUGCCCAACCGCAGCCUAGACAUCCAUCUCCACGGCAAGGGCACCUUCUUGACAUGGCCGAUGAGGAUGAAGAUAGUAACCGGGCUGGGCUCGGCACUGCUGUACCUCCACGAGGAGUGGGAGCAAUGCGUGGUGCACCGCGACAUCAAGCCGAGCAACGUGAUGCUGGACGAGUCCUUCGGCGCCAAGCUAGGGGACUUCGGGCUGGCGAGGUUCAUCGACCACGCCGUCGGGACGCAGACGAUGACCGCCGUGUCGGGGACACCGGGCUACGUGGACCCGCAGUCCAUGAUCACUGGCAGGGCCAGCGCGGACCUGCUGGAGGUUGCAUGCGGAAGGAGGCCGGUGAGUCUGCUGCAUGAUCCGGCCGAGAAGAACGGGCUGUUCCGGCUGGUCGAGUGGGUCUGGGACCUGUAUGGUCGGGGAGCCCUUCUGGACGGGGCCGACGAGCGGCUCGACGGCGAGUACGACAAGGCGGAGGUGGAGCGCGUGAUGGUCGCCGGGCUCUGGUGCGCGCACCCGGACCCGAGCGCGCGGCCGUCCAUGAGAGCAGCCAUGGCCGUGCUCCAGUCCAAGGAUGCUAAUCAGCUGCCGGUGCUCCCCGCCAGUAUGCCCGUGCCGACGUACGGGCCGCUGGUGUCCUUGCCGAGCGGGCUGUCUUCGUUCAGCGUGACACAGUCGACGUCGACAAGCGGCUACGGCACACACACGUCUACUUCGUCCGACGUUAGCACGAUCGGUUCAAAGGAUUCGUCUUCGUUACUCAAACAUCAGUACUCAUAAUGUUAUAUUCUUUUUAUAGUUCUUUAUAGUCGAUGAUUCAUGAUUGAAUGGGACAGCUCAUGUCCGUUGAAUUUU